AUAUUUUUUAUUGCUGAGUUUUUUGUUUGUUUGCAGGCAUCAUAGACUAAUGUGAAGAGUAGGGCCUGGGCUUGGAAUCAGACUUACCUAGGCUCAAAUCCUAGCUCUGCUAUUUCCUAGCAGAUUGACCUUGGGCAAGUUACCUAAGCUCAACUUUCUUACCUGUACAGUGAAAAUAAUAAUAAAUAGCUCAAUGGGAGAAUAACAUGAGAUGAUUGUAAAAUGCAUAGUCCUAGCUAUGCCCUAGCACAGAGGUGCUCAACAGAAGUAUUGUGGGUUUUGGGUUUGAUUUUGUUUUGUUUUUACCUUCUCUGUUUUUUUUCAGUAUUUGACACAAUAUGAUUUUUCAAAUUUUGGUAACAUAAAAUUUUACCAUUAUACCCAUUUCCAAUGUGACUUUUUUAAACUCUGAGAAAUUUUAUAUAACUUUUUUCUGAUUCUAAAGUUUGGAAACUGAGGUCAACUUUAGUCUGUGAAGCCUCUCUUUGCCCAGAGAGCUGCACAUCUGAGCCCUGAAAAGAAGGGAUCUUGGGCACAGCUGAAUCCCUCAGUUGACCUCACUCUGGUUUCCAGCCUAGAAGGGCUGACAGGAUCCAGCACUUUCUUCCAGGGUCAGCAAAGGGCAGAGGCCUGAAGUUAGGCAUCACAGGGUUCUCAGCGGGGCCUCUAAGACCCCCUCCUCCCACUUUGCAGAGAAAGGAGGCGGCUGUGGAGAAGAGGAUAUGAGUUCCGUUCUCUGCUCCUCCCUCUCCUUGCUUUUCCCCACACCCAUCUUCUCCCCCACAGCAGCCAUCUCCCCCACAAAGACUGGAAAGAGGGAGGAGGGCAGGAUUGGGCACUGAGGGAUCAGAAGUCCCACAGCGCCCUAUAUCUGAAGGAAGCUCUGGCCAGGGCAGCUGUGCUGGUUCAUGCUCACUGCCUCAUGCUGCUUGUCCCCUCCAGCAUGAUGCUGGGGACUCUGGGCCUUUGCGUACUAUUUCCCACAUCUGUGCGAGGUAAGUGUCGGGAGUGGGGGGUUUUUCACUCACCCACUGAGGGAAAGGGGGACUUGAAGCAGCAGCCACCCCUCUGGAAGAGUGAGUGGGGUGGGUGAGUGAGGGCAAAAAGUAGAGCCAUGUGUCCCCAUGGUGAGGUCAGGUUCCAGACCUCUGCUGACCCUGUUUCCUCUUAUGGCAUUACCACGCUGGCCCUGGGAUAUGAAACAUGUUUUGUCUCUCCUUUUGGCUGCUGCUUUUGCCCCUGCAUUCACUCCUAUCUUGAACCUUCCCCUCUCCCCACCCUGGGCCACAGCACUCCCAAGCAGGCGGACCUGUGUGUUCUUUGAGGCCCCUGGAGUGCGGGGAAGCACAAAGACACUGGGGAAGCUGCUAGAUGCAGGACCAGGGCCCCCCAGGGUUAUCCGCUGCCUCUACAGCCGCUGCUGUUUUGGGAUCUGGAACCUGACCCAAGACCGGGCACAGGUGGAGAUGCAAGGAUGCCGAGACAGUGAUGAGCCAGACUGUGAGUCCCCGCACUGUGACCUGAGCCCCCGAGCCCACCCCAGCCCCAGGUCCACCCUCUUCACCUGCUCGUGCGGCACUGACUUCUGCAAUGCCAAUUAUAGUCAUCUGCCUCCUCCAGGGAGCCCUGGGACUCCUGGCUCCCAGGGUCGCCCCACCGUCCCAGGCGAGUCCAUCUGGAUGGCGCUGGUGCUGCUGGGACUAUUCCUGUUCCUCCUGCUGGGCAGCAGCAUCCUGGCCCUGCUACAGCGAAAGUCCUGCAGAGUGCAGGGUGGGUCAGCGCCAGAGCCAGAGCCAGAGCCAGAGCCGGAAUCAGGCAGGGACUGGAGUGCUGAGCUGCCCGAGCUGCCUGAGCUGUGUUUCUCUCAGGUCAUCUGGGAAGGAGGUCAUUCAGUGGUGUGGGCUGGGCAGCUGCAAGGCAAACUGGUAGCCAUCAAGGCCUUCUCCCGGAGGGCUGUGGCCCAGUUCCAAGCCGAGAGAGCGUUGUAUGAGCUGCCAGGCCUACAGCAUGACCACGUUGUCCGCUUUAUCACCGCCAGCAGAGGGGGCCCUGGGCCCCCACCCUGUGGGCCCCUGCUGGUACUGGAACUGCACCCGAAGGGUUCUCUGUGCCACUACUUGACCCAGCACACCAGUGACUGGGGAAGUUCCAUGCGGAUGGCACUGUCUCUGGCGCAGGGCCUGGCAUUCCUCCAUGAGGAGCACUGGCAGGAUGGCCAAUAUAAACCAGGGAUCGCCCACCGAGAUCUGAGCAGCCAGAAUGUGCUCAUUCGGGAGGAUGGGUCAUGUGCCAUUGGAGACCUGGGCCUCGCCUUGGUGCUCCCUGGCCUCUCCCAGCCUCCCACCUGGGCCCCUACUCAACCCCGAGGCCCCGCUGCCAUCAUGGAGGCUGGCACCCAGAGGUACAUGGCGCCAGAGCUCUUGGACAAGACUCUGGACCUACAGGACUGGGGCACGGCCCUCCGACAAGCCGAUGUGUACUCUCUGGCUCUGCUCCUCUGGGAGAUCCUGAGCCGCUGCCCAGAUCUGUGGCCGGACAGCAGACCACCACCCUUCCAGCUGGCCUAUGAGGCAGAACUGGGUAGCACUCCCAGCACCUGUGAGCUGUGGACCUUGGCGGUAGAAGAGAGAAGGCGGCCCUGCGUCCCACCCACCUGGCAUGGUUUCACCACAGACCCUGGUGGCCUGAGAGAGCUGCUGGAGGACUGUUGGGAUGCGGACCCUGAAGCAAGGCUGACAGCAGCGUGUGUCCAACAGCGUCUGGCCGCCCUGGCCUAUCCUCAGGAGGCCCGCCCCUUCCCAGAGAGCUGUGCCCAAGGCAGCCCACCUCUCUGCCCAGAAGACUGCCUCUCAGGCCCUCCCCAUGGCCAUCCCCCCUUGUAGGCCUCAGUAGAACAUCUGCUACUUCAGCCUCCAGCAAGGCCUUUGUUCCGGGGGUCCUCCCACACUGUGUCUCACCUGUAAAUGUGCAGUUUAUGUAUAAUCUCUGUACGUGCAAACAUAAAUCUGGUGCUCCGAUGCCUGACUGCUGUGCCUCACCAGGGCCUUUCCAACCUGCCGGUAGCCUACAUCCUUCUGUGGGUGUCCAGUAUAGGGCAGUCCCGAUUGGGGCCUGAGGGGUGGGUGUGCAUAGGAAAGAGAUAAAGUCAGCUUUAUCUCCCUGUCCUUGGGCCUUCCUGUCUUCCAGGGAUCCUGGGCUCCUCCUGUCUCUCUUCUUUUCCUUCACUAUCAUAAGCCUACUUUUGGUGGGAUCACGUGGCGGUCAUUGGGGAAAGAUGAACUCGCCGGUCUGUAGCCGCCCAGAGACGCACAACUCCCCUUGCUGGUGGCCUUCCCCGGGGUCCUGAGGCUUGAGCAGGAAGGCCUCACAGAGCACACAGGAAACUUGCUGUUCAGUGAGCAGUUUUCCAGGAAAGGCGGGGUCAGUAGGUGGAGUGUUGCAUGGUGGGGGAGGAAACUGCAGGAACCUGGGGAGCAGAAGCGUAGGGUGUAUUGAGGAGAGAGAGCGGAAGUUCUGCGGAAAACUGUAGGCAAGGCCUUGUGAACUCUACUGAGAAGUUCUUCCUUCAUUUCUUUUUGUGUCUUCUCUAUUGGCUUUUCUUUCCCAACCCAGGCCCCUUUCAUACGCCCCACAGAGACAUUUCAUGCUGGGUGCCUGGUUUAUAGCCCUCAUUCAGUUUCUUUUCUUUUUCUUUUUUCUUUUGCUUUUUCUAAAGAGUUUUUUGUUUGUUUGUUAUUAAUUUAAGUAAUCUCUAUACCCAAAAUGGGACUUGAACUCCUGACCUCAAGAUCGAGUCGCAUGCUCCUCUGACUGAGCUAGCCAGCUGUGCCCCCGCCACCCCGCCUACCCCCACAGUUUAAUUUCUAACAGUGCUCUUGGGGUAGGUUACAUUCUCUUUCUAGGUGUCUGGUUUCUCAUUUGCUAAGUCAGGGGGUUGAGGCCUUCUGGUCUAACUCCAGUAGAGCAGUGGGAAGGCUUUGACUCCCCACAAUCCUGGUCAGUGACCAACGAGCCUAGUGUCUUUGAGUAAGUUACUUAACUCUAGGAAUCUGUUUUAUCAUGUAUAAAAUAUGGGUAAAAACACCUACCCUGCUUGCAAAGUUGAUUCGGGGUAAACAAGAAAUGGUGACAGGUCUUGUGCAGCCCCUGGCCUCAGUGGACACUUCUGUAAAUGGUAGCAGUUGUGUCUGAACAUUGAGAUGAUCUCUCACCCCUUUCCAUGUUAGUUGUUCCAGCAUUAACCUCUGCAGAGCCUGUCUGCUCUCAAGCCGUGAGGCUUCACUGUCCUUCAGCACUCUAAUCCUCGAUAAGACAUCAUCUUUUGGAAUAGGCAGCCACCACCUGAGAAGCUAAGCACAUCGAAAUCCAAGCUCCUGCCUCCCCCUCACCAAUAGGGCUGCCUUCCCCUCUUCCCUGGCCCUCAAGUGCACCAAGUCUCUCUCUCUCUCUUUUCUGGCAAUUUCUACACCCAAAAUGGGGCUCAGAAUCACGACCCUGGGAUCAAGGGCUGCGUGCUCUUCUGACUUAGCCAGCCAGACACCCUGCACUCAGUUUCUCUUGGUCCUAGAGGAGACCAACAAGGAAGGUGUUCUGUCUGUUCUGUGACCCUACCUCGUCCCACCCACCAAUAUCCAGUCGGUUCUCCAGUCCCACUAAGGUUGCCUGGGUGGGGACUGCUCCUCUUCCUAGGCUGGCAGACCCCAACUAUUAUAAUUGCCUCUUGGCCACCUAUUUCCCCCAGUCUUGGUUAAACACCAGGCUCUGAAUAUUCUUUAUUAUUUUUUAAAGAUUGUAUUUAUUUAU